GAGAGGAGGGCUGUCCGCCAUUUCAGGAGUGCAGACGGGAGGAAGCCGCCGAUUCGGAGACGAGAGGUGAAAAAAAAAGCGAAAGAAAGCGGAUAAAUCUGCGAGUAAACGGCGCCCGUGUGGAACAGAGACAGCCAGAGGAAGGAUCACACAGCCCUGCUGCUUCCUCUCAACUCGCGGGACAACAAGGCUUCCUCUCUCGGCUCAGCGCCAGUCAUCCCGUCCACCCCCGCACCCCCCCAGCUGUGUGUCUGAUGCCCUUUAAAGAUGAGCCCUGCUCUGGAAGCCAUGGAAGGGGAGCAGCAACGCUACGCCAACAACAAGGGGGUCGUGCUUGAGCCCUUCGUGCACCAGGUGGGAGGCCACUCCUGCGUGCUGCGCUUCAGCGAGCAGACCAUCUGCAAGCCCCUCAUCCCCCGAGAGCACCAGUUCUACAAGAGCCUGCCGAUGGAGAUGCGCAAAUACAUCCCCCAGUACAAAGGAGUGGUGUCGGUCAGUUUCGAGGAAGACGAGGAAGCCAAUCUGUGCCUCAUCGCGUACCCCCUGAACGGAGGAGACCACGGGGAGCUGGAGAAGAACGUGGACCUCUCAGACUGUGAGCCCAAGAACAAGCUGCUGAAGUGGAGCAAGAAGAAGCCUGGCCUGUUACUGGAGAACGACAACUACAGCAAGGAGAGGGGCCGGCAGCACCGCAAGGAGGAGAAACUCAAGAGCUAUAACCUGGACGAGGAGUUUGAGCGUCUGAAGAAGUCUGAGGUGCUGUAUUGCAGCCUGGAGAAGGGCAACGUGGUGUCCCAGAUCAAGCACAACCCGUGGAGCCUGAAGUGUCACCAGCAGCAGCUGCAGAGAAUGAAGGAGAACGCAAAGCAUCGGAACCAAUACAAAUUCAUCCUGCUGGAGAACCUGACAUGGCGCUACGAGGUGCCCUGCGUCCUCGACCUGAAGAUGGGAACGCGGCAGCACGGGGAUGAUGCCUCCGAGGAGAAGAAAGCCAACCAGAUCCGCAAGUGCCAGCAGAGCACCUCAGCCAUCAUCGGAGUGAGAGUCUGUGGCAUGCAGGUGUACCAGUCAGACUCUGGGCAGCUGAUGUUCAUGAACAAGUACCACGGGCGCAAGCUGACGGUGCCGGGCUUCAAGGAGGCGCUGUUCCAGUUCUUCCACAACGGGCGCUUCCUGCGGCGGGAGCUCUUGGAGCCGGUCCUGCGCAAACUCUCGGAGCUCAAGGCCGUGCUGGAGGCCCAGGAGUCAUACCGCUUCUACUCCAGCUCUCUGCUCAUCAUCUACGACGGGAAGAAGGUGCAGCAGCAGCCCCGGCACCGCGGCGGAGAGGAGGGAGAGGAGGAGGAGGAGGAGGAGGAGGAGGAGGAGGAGGAGGGGGGAGGGGAGGGGGGAGCCUUCGCCUUCACCCAGCAAAGGAAAGUCCGGGGCAAGCAGGGCGGAAGCGCGGCGGGGGGCGGAAGCGGGGGUCCGGGGGGCAGCGGUGGCUCCUGCAGCGUGGACGUGCGCAUGAUCGACUUUGCGCACACCACGUGCCGCUACUACGGAGAGGACAGCGUGGUCCACGAGGGCCAGGACAUGGGGUACAUCUUCGGGCUCCAGAAUCUGAUAGAGAUUAUUAAAGAGCUGAAGGACGACAGCGGGGACUAAAGUCUGGGCUAAGACUGAGCAUCUUAACUAGGAUAAUGAUUAAUGAUGGUGGUAGUGGUAAUACAAGGACUUGCAAUAGAAAAUGUAAUCUUAUAAAAGAACCAAUGGAAGGAAAAAUACCAUUGCCAGGGCCGGGAUUGUAGUUCUGUGCUACUGUACUAUACUGCUACUGCUACCACUGCUGCUAUCCCUCCAGAGAUGAAACAGGAAGGAGCAGCUGUGGCAGUUAAAGCCGCACUAGUUGUUUUUUCUUUUUGUUCGUUACGGUGGUGAUCCCCCUCUCCCUAACCAUCUUCAUCCUGUCGUGUGUCCGUCCCGUCCCCAGUAAAAGCAGCCCCUCGGAUAGGGGCUCUUUGGGACUUGGAGCGACCCGUCUACAAAGACUCCUGAGAGAGACGAGGUGAUUGUCGCGUGUCUUCAUUCUCGCACACGGACUUGCGCGCACACACACACACACACACACACACACACACGCACACAGGAAGGACUUGCUGUGAAGAGAAGGGCAUUUCCAGGGCAGGGGUCGCACCUGGGCUAGGGGGCGCUCUACCCCCACCGCUACUCCCUUCCCUGAAUCCAGACAUAAAGAAAGAUGUUUUAUUUAUUUGAAAUAUUUCUACAAAAAAUAAUAAUUAUUAUAAUAAAAUAGCUUUGUAAAGCAAAUAAGAGAAUUAAAAUUGUAAAGAGACUGUGUAAGCGGAGAAAACAUUCCAUAUUGUUUUGACAGUUUUGAAAUACAUCUCUGUUCUAUUGUAAUUUCUGUGUGUACAAUGUAUGUCGAAAAACAAAAUAAAGAUAAUAAACUUUCUUGUUUGUGGUAA